AUAGCGGACGUGCUGUGUGUCUCCACAGACCUGAAGCCCAGGUUCCUAACACCCGAGGGGAGGGAGUAUUCGGCUGUCGAGGGCAAGGCGGCCAUCUUACACUGCAAUGUCUUCGGCUCUCCUCCUCCCUCCAUCACAUGGAGCAGGGACGACUCUUCGGGGGCUGUGGAGGGGCCGCGGUUCACCGUGCACAGAAACGGAUCGCUGGAGAUCCGCGUCGUGGAAAGAGAGGACAUGGGAGAGUACCGGUGCCUCACCAAUAACACGGAGGGAACAGCUGCCAUCGCCGCCACGCUUGCUGUCAGAGAUCCCACCAGGAUCAUUGUCUCUCCAGAGGAUGUUAAGAUCCUGGCGGGGUCCGCGGCCCAGCUCUCGUGCUCGGCCGAGUACGACAAGUCCUUCAACAACGACUUUGAGCUGCUCUGGGAGAAGGAUGAUAUGGAGAUAGCCAGCAACCAGACUGAGGAUUCUCGGUACUUUGUUGAGGACGGCCUCCUGCAGAUCAGCAAUGUGAGCUACGAAGACCAGGGCAGGUACACUUGCUUAGCCCGGACGUCGAUUGAUCAGGACCGGGCGGAGGCCAUGCUGGUGGUGUUGGAUGUACCCGACGCACCUACGAACCUGGUGCUAUCCGAGCACAAGAACCGAGGUGUGAAGCUGAAAUGGAGCCCUGGGGAAGACCACGGCAGUUCGACCACUGAGUUUAUUAUCGAGUACGAGGAGGGACAGUGGGAGCCGGGGAAGUGGAAGGAGCUGGUGCGGGUUCCGGGGAACCACGGUUCGGCCCUGCUCAAGCUUCACGGGAACGUGGACUACCGCUUCCGCGUGGCCCCCCUCAACGCCGUGGGCAAGGGCCGUCCCAGCGAACACACAGAGAGAUACAAGACCCCCCCGGCAGCUCCUGAAAAAAACCCUGAAAAUAUCAAAAUCGAAGGUCAUUUGCCAUAUGAAAUGGAUAUCAACUGGGAGCCACUGCUUCCUAUCGAGCACAACGGGCCGGACCUGGAGUACAAGGUGAGCUACCGGCGGCAGGACCUGGAUGAGGACUGGAAGGAGCACACGGUGAAGAGACACUCCUUCAUUGUGAGCGCCACGCCCACCUUCGUUCCCUACGAGAUCAAGAUCCACGCCAGGAACCAGCAGGGAUGGGCCCCGGAGCCCCGCAUCGUCAGCGGCUUCUCUGGGGAGGACUUCCCCAGCGCUGCGCCGGACAACGUGACGGUGGAGGUGAUGAACAGCUCCGUGGUCAAGGUCAGCUGGGGGCGCGUGCACAAAGACAAGCUGCACGGCCACCUGGGGGGUUACAGGGUGAACUGGUGGCGCCUGCGGAGCCGGACGGACGCCAAGAAGAAGGGCCAGCACGGGGAGCGCCACACGCAUGCCUUCCCCGGGGACCGCGGCCACGGCCUGCUGCCCGGCCUGACGCCCUACUCCGAGUACAGCCUCAUGGUCAUGAGCUUCAACGGCCGGGGCAACGGCCCGGGCAGCCACGUGGUCACCUUCAGAACCCCGGAGGGAGUCCCGGAAAAAAACUCUGCGUUCAGGGUCAUGGAAGUCCAGAAGCACACCAUCUCCCUCGCCUGGUCGCCGCCCCGGGAGCCUAAUGGGAUUCUCACUGGUUACCAGCUGCAGUACCAGCUCAUCAACGACACGGAGGGGUUGGGGCCCUUGCAGACGGUGAACAUCAGUGACCCCGCGGCCACUAAGCUGACCCUGAAGGACCUGGAGGCGCUGAGCAGAUACAGGUUCUACCUGCGCUCCUGCACCACGGUGGGCUGUGGGCACACCGUCACUGAAGACAGCACCACCACGGCGAAAGAACGUCUAGGAAAUGCCCACCAAGGAAUUUCCACCCAGGGCUGGUUUAUCGGCCUGAUGUCCACUAUCGCCCUGCUCACACUCAUCCUGCUCAUUGCCUGCUUUGUCAACAGAAAUAAAGGAGGGAAGUAUUCCGUGAAGGAGAAAGAAGACCUUCAUCCAGACGUGGAGUCCCAGGGCAUGAAUGAUGACACAUUUUGUGAAUACAGUGACAACGACGAGAAGCCACUGAAGGGCAGCCAGCGCUCGCUGAGCGGCCAGAUGGCGGGCGGGGAGAGCGGCGACAGCCUGGUGGACUACGGCGACCAAGAGGUCCAGUUCAACGAGGACGGCUCCUUCAUCGGCGAGUACGCCGGACACAAGGACAAGAGGGUAUCCACAGAGAUCAAAGGGCCUGCCCAGGCCCCGGCGUGAGGAAGCCAUGACACAAUUGGAGGAGGGAUGAA